AUGGUGAAAGUAACUGCAGCCUGUAUUAUUAUUGGUGAUGAAGUGCUCAAUGGAAAAGUUGUUGAUACUAACUCCACUUUUUUCGCAAAAUACUGUUUUGAUCAUGGAAUCCAAUUAAAGGAAAUAGCAACUAUAGGAGAUGAUGAGAAACAAAUCGUUGACACUGUGAGAAGAUUAGUCAAAAAUCACGAUUUCAUUAUUAGUACAGGUGGAAUCGGUCCCACGCAUGAUGAUAUUACUUAUGAAUGUAUGGCGAAAAGCUUUGAUCUGCCUUGUGAGAUAGAUGAAGAAUGUAAAGAGAGGAUGAGGCGCAAGUCUGACCCAGAAGCAAGGCUUGAUAGUGAUGCUUUAAAGGCACACUAUCAAAUGGCAACAAUGCCGAAGGGUAAAAAUGUUAGAAAUUAUUAUGUGUGUGAUGAUUUAUGGGUUCCCAUUUGUUCUAUUUCUCACAAAGUGUACAUAUUGCCCGGUAUCCCACAACUAUUUGCAAGAAUGCUAAAAGCUUUUACUCCAACUUUGAAAAAAAUAUAUAAUUUAGAAAAGGACCCACGUGAAUAUGUUCGUUAUUUUGUUAGAACACGGCUAACUGAGUCUCAAAUUUCUAAAGAGUUAAAAUCGAUUCAAGAUGAAUCGGUUCUAGUUUCAGAUGCGAUCAAAAUAGGCUCAUACCCACAUUUUGGUAUGGGGUUCAACACAGUCAGUAUUUUGGGAGAAAAGAAAGACGACCCAUAUCUAAGAAACAUUGUCAAUAGAGUUGUUAAUAACCUUGAGGGGGAAGUAAUCUCAUCUGAACUUGAAGACAAAUUUUCUAACCAGGAGAGCUGA